UGCGCGGCAGCCGCCGGCUGACGUGGCGGGGCCAAGACCUGCGGGCCUGCGCGGCGAGUGCGGAAACGCCCGGGGCUGUAAGCGGGCGCAGAUGAAGCACCAUGCCGCUGGAACUGGAGCUGUGUCCGGGGCGCUGGGUGGGUGGGCAGCACCCGUGCUUCAUCAUCGCGGAGAUCGGCCAGAACCACCAAGGAGACAUAGAUGUGGCCAAGCGCAUGAUCCGCACUGCCAAGGAGUGCGGGGCCGACUGCGCUAAGUUUCAGAAGAGCGAAUUGGAGUUCAAGUUUAACCGGAAGGCCCUGGAGAGACCAUAUACUUCGAAGCACUCGUGGGGGAAGACGUACGGGGAGCACAAGCGACAUCUGGAAUUCAGCCACGACCAGUACAAGGAGCUGCAGAGCUAUGCGCAGGAGAUCGGCAUCUUCUUCACUGCCUCUGGCAUGGAUGAGAUGGCAGUUGAGUUUCUGCAUGAACUGAAUGUUCCCUUUUUCAAAGUUGGAUCUGGGGACACUAACAAUUUUCCCUAUCUGGAAAAGACAGCCAAGAAAGGUCGGCCUAUGGUGAUCUCCAGCGGGAUGCAGUCCAUGGACACCAUGAAGCAAGUCUAUCAGAUCGUGAAGCCCCUGAACCCCAACUUCUGCUUCCUCCAGUGCACCAGCGCCUACCCACUACAGCCCGAGGAUGCCAACCUGCGCGUCAUCUCGGAAUACCAGAAGCUCUUUCCCGACAUUCCCAUCGGGUAUUCCGGGCACGAGACAGGCAUCGCCAUAUCUGUGGCCGCAGUGGCUCUGGGGGCCAAGGUGUUGGAACGUCACAUAACGUUGGACAAGACCUGGAAGGGGAGUGACCAUUUAGCCUCGCUGGAGCCUGGGGAACUGGCAGAGCUGGUGCGGUCUGUGCGCCUGGUGGAGCGGGCAUUGGGCUCCCCAACCAAGCAGCUGCUGCCCUGUGAGAUGGCCUGCAAUGAGAAGCUCGGCAAGUCUGUGGUAGCCAAAGUGAAAAUCCCAGCAGGCACCAUCCUGACCCUGGACAUGCUCACUGUGAAGGUCGGGGAGCCCAAAGGCUAUCCUCCUGAAGACAUCUUCAACCUAGUGGGCAAAAAGGUGCUGGUCACUAUCGAAGAAGAUGACACGGUCAUGGAAGAAUCCGUGGAAAGUCACAGCAAGAAAAUCAAGGCUUAAAAUAAAAGUGCCACUGCGGCUUGUCAGCCA